AUGUGGCUGCGGCUCCAUGAAGCUCCUCCUUCUGAGCGAUCCUUUCUACAAUAUUGGAGGGGAUCCUCGGUUCUCAAAAGCACUUCCUUAUCAGCACGUCCCUGCGAAAGCUUCCUCGUUGCCAGAGCGAGGGUCAUAGCGAAUGACUGCGGAGCAGACCAAGUUCGCAAGAACUACCGACGGCGAUCUCGAAUCGUUGGAGGAUCACCCGUGGCCAGAGGCCAAAUUCCAUGGCAAGUGGCCGUCAGGAGAGACUAUCAGCAGUUUUGCGGGGGAGCGGUUUUAUCGCCGAACUUCGUGGUGACCACGGCUCAUUGUUUCCGUAAGGAAGCGCUAUAUGAAAUAUCAGCCGGCAUAAUUGACGUCAGGGAGGCGGGACAGUUUCGAUCUAUAGUGAAGAAAAUCCUUCAUCCCUCCUGGCGGUACGGCGUUUGGGAGAACGACAUUGCUCUCUUGAGAGUGAACGAAUCUUUCCGUUUCGAUGCUCUUACAUCACCGCUGUGUCUCCCUGAUUCCGAUGCCACCCUCAAAGUGGACAGUAUUCUAGUUUCUGGUUGGGGUCGGCUCCGAGAGGGAUAUCGGCAACCGAAUAUUCUUCACAGUGUCGUUCUCGAAACGGCGUCCGAUGAAAGAUGCAAAAAAAGAUUCCCCUAUGCGUUCUCAAGUCGGAGCAUGUUCUGUGCCCUGAGCGAUAACAAAGAUGCUUGCCAAGGUGAUUCUGGGGCUGCCGCUGUCACCUUCGACGUCAAUCGCGGUGCUUCCGUGUUAGUAGGUCUCGUGUCGUGGGGUCGUGGCUGUGCGAGGAACGAUACACCAGGUGUCUACACGAAAAUACAAAGUUUCCUACCCUGGAUCAGGGAAACCAUAAACAUUCAUGGGGACGAUUCGGACAGAGCACAAAUGGCUGAGCGGAAUCGUCGAGUUAUCUGCGGGGGAGCAGUAGUCGCGCCAAACUUCGUCCUGACGGCUGCUCACUGCAUCGCGGACAUGAAUCCGAAAACAUUCCAGCUUGUGACCGGAGCUCUUCGGAAAGAAGAUGUGAAAAGAUUCAUCGUUCAUCCGAGUUGGAAAUCUAAUGUGAUGUCGCUCAAGCACGAUGUCGCUCUAGUCCAAGUGAAUUCCUCCUUCUUCUUCGAUCCCUCAACAUCGCCUGCCUGUCUACCUUCGACAGAAAAUUGGGAUCAGUCGGCGAUAAAGCUUCUCUCGGUGUCAGGCUUCGGAACCACAACGGAACAAGGAGAGCUCUCGUCGCAGCUCCUAUACACUACGGUGCCCGUGAUCUCUGAUUCAGAAUGCAAGUCUAUCUAUCCGUCCCUUUUCGACAAUUCGACGAUGUUCUGCGCUAAGACGGUGGAGGGAGGACGAGACUCUUGCCAAGGCGAUUCUGGGGGUCCUGCCGUCGUUGAGGAUCUUGAUAAGUUCCAUGUGAGUGGAAUCGUUUCCUGGGGCUUAGGCUGCGGACGACGCAAGUAUCCGGGAGUCUACACAAAGGUGGCGAAAUACUUGCCGUGGAUCUCAGCGAAUAUCAUGCACUUCGGAUCUGCAGACGAUAGUGAGCUUUUAGCUCAGCAAUUCACCCCUGGACAGAUGGCGAAAUUUAGAUCCUAUGCCCAAAACCUUUUCGGGAGUGACUCCAAUAGGAACACUCAAAAAGACCCGACUUGGUUGAACUCCGUUUUCCAGACCAUGAUCUCGAGUGUAGGUUGA